AUUCUGUGGGAGGCGGUCUGUCCUAUGGCUGCGGUCAACAUCUGGAAGAAGUUACUCACGCUGCUGCUUACCUUGGAGAGUAUACCGGAGUACAACUGCAAUUUCAAAAUGUCUUUUGUAAAAAUUGACGAAAAGUCCGACUUCUCCUAUCACAAUUUACCGUAUGGCGUGUUCUCGACACCGGAUAAUUCCAGGCACCGGAUUGGGGUUGCUAUUGGAGAUCAGAUUCUGGAUUUGAGCGUUAUAAAGUCACUCUUCAGAGGUCCUGUGCUCUCCAAUCACCAGGAUGUGUUUGACCAGCCGACCCUGAAUGCCUUCAUGGGUCUGGGGUACGAGGCAUGGAGGGAGGCCAGGAGGAGUCUACAGCAGCUGCUGUCUGCCAACGAGACCACGCUCAGAGACGACGUCAGCCUCAGGAGCAGGGCGUUUUUCCAUCAGAGUUCAGCCAUGAUGCAUCUGCCUGCUGAUAUAGGUGACUACACUGACUUCUACUCAUCCAGGGACCAUGCCACCAAUGUUGGCAUUAUGUUCCGAGGGAAGGAGAAUGCUCUGAUGCCCAACUGGUUGAGGCUGCCCGUGGGGUAUCAUGGCAGGGCUUCUUCCAUAGUGGUGUCUGGGACCCCCAUACGCAGACCCUCUGGACAGAUGAGACCCGACCAAUCUAAGCCUCCUGUGUUUGGCCAGUCCAAGCAGCUGGACAUUGAGCUGGAGAUGGCAUUCUUUGUAGGUGGAGGUAAUCGUCUUGGUGAGCCCAUUCCCAUAGAGAGAGCCCACCAACACAUCUUUGGCAUGGUUCUAAUGAA